UCCCCAACCGGAGCUGGGACAGAUCCAGCCGCAAAACCCAGCGGCAGCCAUGGAUCCCCUCGCCGUGCUCCGGGACUACGCCGCCCGCGGCGACCUCGACAAGAUCAUCUUCUCCGGCGACGAGGUGCUCUUCGGGUCGGAGUACACCUUCCCCGCCAACGCGCCGACCGCCUUCACCAACAAGCAGUCGGGCCGCCCCUACCCGCUCUCCGCCGCGGUCUUCCUCGCGCAGCACAACGACCUCAAGCACACCGACUUCAUCCAGGCAGCCCGCCUCCGCCGCAUCCCGCCGGUGUCUCUCCCCGACCGUAAGACCUUCCUCGACUUCCUCCGCCAUGGCCACCACUCGCUCCCCACCGACCCCUUGCUCCCCUCGGCGCUCCCGUCCUUCGCGCCGGAGCCCCAGCCGACGCUUCCCGAGGAGCCCGAGGGCGACAAGGCGUCCGGGGCGUACAUCCGCUCCCUCGAGCGGACGCUCAAGGACCGCAACGCGCUCCUCGACGCCCGCGGCCGCGACUUCCUCGCCGUGCUGCAGAACGCCACGCGCCGCGAGGAGGAGCGCAGGCGGAACAAGGACAGCGUGACUACCUCCGCCCGCCACGCGCCCUCGGCCGCCGCGGUCGCCAUGGCGAAGCCCAAGGUGGAGAGGUCGUUCGGGGAGGGGUUCGUGCCCAUCAUCCUCGUGCCGAGCGCGUCGCAGACGCUCGUUACGAUCUACAACGUGAGGGAGUUCUUGGAGGACGGUGUGUUCGUGCCGAGUGAGGAGAGGAUGCGGGCGAUGAAGGGUAGCGGGAAGCCCGACUGCGUCAUGGUGCAGAAGAAGCUGAUUCGUGGAGAGAGGACCGGUGCUGGUGGUGGUGCGACAACGUUCGAGGUUAGGGACAAGCCGGCUUCACUCAAACCUGAUGAUUGGGCGCGGGUGGUCGCGGUGUUUGUGCUCGGCAAGGAGUGGCAGUUCAAGGAUUGGCCAUUCAAGGAUCAUGUAGAGAUCUUCAACAAGGUUAUUGGUUUCUAUGUGCGAUUUGAAGACGAUAGUGUGGAGGCAGCCAAAGUGGUCAAACAGUGGAAUGUGAAAAUCAUAUCUAUAAGCAAGAAUAAAAGGCAUCAAGACAGAACAGCAGCCCUUGAGGUAUGGGAGCGGCUAGAGGAAUUCAUGCGGGCACACACAUAGUCAAAGCUUCCGGUGUAUUGAAACUGCAGGAUAAUAUAUUCAUAUUGUGCCUGAUGGUGACAACUGGAAAUGGAACUGCAUAACUCAGAUUAUGUUUGGCAACCUUUAGUAUUUGCCUGUAUCUUGUUGAGGACCUGAACUUGGCUUGUUUGUAGUUCGGGGCAUGGAUACUAUUUUGUAUGAUCUCACUUUUGCAGAUCUAAGUUUCAUGUCGCGAUAGAAGUGAAAGUUAUCCUGGUUGAAUUAUUGACAGGUGGAACAGCCAUCCCGAGAUCCUGAUUCAAUCUCCUGUGACGUUAGAUGUCCAAAUCGUUGGCAGGCAGGAACCUCCUUGUCUACACCCAUGAGUAUAUGUUAGCCGGCUACGGUGUACCAUUUCAGUCGCUGAGUUGCGGUGCAUGGACACUGCUCAGUUGUAGUAACAUUUAACUGCAGGUUGCUGAUUUUUUUUUGCUUGUUAACGCGCAUAUUUGUUGGAGAAUGUUGUCAUGCACUUGUCAUUUUCUAAGCAAGUGCGCGAAAACAGUACUAAUGUAAGCUAAUCGGAGGUAUGAAAUGAAGGGCCUGUUUGGAUA